ACCACGUUGAAAUGCUGGCAAGUCUGGUCCAGGUGUGGUCGUGUGGUGGAAGAGAGGAGGUGUAGCCGUGAACACCAGCCGUCCUUGCCGGCUGUGGCUCUGGGUGGGGCUGACUGAGGGAGGUCAUGGUUAACUUUCUACCUGGAGACUUAACUGGCUAGAAUGAAUAUCUAUUUCUUUGUAGUUAAGAACAUUUUAAAACACAGCAAAAUAGUUUCCUUGUAAGACUUUUAAUUUUAAACAUACGCAGAGCUUUCUAAAAGGGGCGCAGCGUAGAGCUUGGUCUCUGUGGGCCGAGCCUUCCAUGCGCCUGGAGGAUGGACAGGUGGUUUUGUACUGUGUGUCAUAGUUUGCACCCAUCUGGUUCGGGGUUACACCAAAAAUGUUAAUAAGGUAAUGGUGGUGAUCAGCUCAGCAGACCGAGCCCAAGCCCCUCCCCGCCCAGGCCUUAUACUGUGGAGUAGGAAUCGUGGUCUCAGGGGGACUUGUGUGUGAGUUUCUACAGCUACAGUAAGAAAAAUGGACAUUUAGUCACAAAGCUGUUUUACGUUUAAACUUAAUUAGGAAAAAUUGCCUUUAUUACAUGUAAUGAGUUGACUCUGUCAGUAUUUAAUAUGAGCGAAGAAAUUGUUGGGAAAAGAGAAAUUAGACCUAACAUCUUUAUUUGUAACAAUCUCAGAUGCUGUUAAAUUUGUAAGCAUUUCUGUUACUUUGUAGAUGUCUUGGAAAAGUUACUUUUAAGUUUUCAAGAAUGAGAAGUCCUUUCCACUGAGAGCUGAGCAUGUUAGCGUCUUUCUUUUGAUCAGUUUCUCUGUAUUCUUAUUUUGCAACAUGGAGAUGCAUGCUACGCACAUAUAUCAAUAUUAAAUACACAUGUGUAAGCUCACAGGAAACAUUGCACCGUACGUUUCUAUGCAUUACUGAAAGUUCACCGGAAAAGGCGCUGGGGGUGGCCGUGUGGUGCUCUGUGAUGCCUGUUGAACCCAGCAUAUGCCUCAGUGCCUGCCCCUACUGAAACGGCAGCUCCACAGGGUCAGGACAGCAGACGGCUCAGCCCAGGGUGAAGCCAAAAACCUUCCCUCUUACCCGGGGCCAAGCAAGAUGAGGGAUUGCUACUGCACGGUGAACCUGGACCAGGAGGAGGUUUUCAGGACCAAAAUUGUGGAAAAGUCACUCUGCCCCUUUUAUGGAGAAGACUUUUACUGUGAAAUUCCUCGGAGCUUUCGUCACCUGUCCUUCUAUAUUUUCGAUAGAGAUGUUUUCCGGAGGGAUUCCAUCAUAGGGAAGGUGGCCAUUCAGAAGGAGGACUUGCAGAAGUAUCACAACAGGGACACCUGGUUCCAGCUGCAGCACGUGGACGCCGACUCAGAAGUGCAGGGCAAAGUCCACCUGGAGCUGCGGCUGAGUGAGGUCAUCACGGACACUGGGGUCGUCUGCCACAAGCUCGCCACACGCAUCGUCGAGUGCCAGGGCCUCCCCAUCGUGAACGGGCAGUGUGACCCUUACGCCACCGUGACGCUGGCGGGGCCCUUUAGAUCGGAAGCAAAGAAGACAAAAGUGAAGAGGAAGACCAACAACCCCCAGUUCGAUGAAGUGUUUUAUUUUGAGGUGACCCGACCCUGUAGCUACAGCAAGAAGUCCCACUUUGACUUCGAGGAGGAAGAUGUGGACAAGCUUGAAAUCAGAGUCGACCUCUGGAAUGCCAGUAACCUGAAGUUUGGAGACGAAUUCCUGGGAGAACUAAGGAUCCCGCUGAAAGUCCUGAGGCAGUCCACCUCCUACGAGGCGUGGUACUUCCUCCAGCCCCGGGACAACGGCAGCAAGAGCCUAAAGCCAGACGACCUGGGCUCCCUGCGGCUGAAUGUGGUCUACACGGAAGACCACGUGUUUUCUUCUGACUAUUACAGGCCUCUGCGGGACCUGCUUUUGAAGUCUGCGGAUGUGGAGCCUGUGUCAGCGUCCGCGGCCCACAUCCUGGGUGAGGUUUGCCGGGAGAAGCAGGAGGCAGCGGUCCCGCUGGUGCGACUCUUCCUGCACUAUGGCAGGGUGGUGCCCUUCAUCAGUGCCAUCGCCAGCGGGGAGGUGACGCGGACACAGGACCCCAACACCAUCUUCCGAGGGAACUCACUGGCGUCCAAGUGCAUUGAUGAGACCAUGAAGCUGGCAGGGAUGCAUUACCUGCACGUCACCCUGAAGCCUGCCAUUGAGGAGAUAUGCCAGAGCCACAAACCCUGUGAAAUUGACCCUGUGAAGUUGAAAGACGGAGAAAACCUCGAAAACAACAUGGAGAACCUACGGCAGUACGUGGACCGCGUCUUCCAUGCCAUCACCGAGUCUGGGGUGAGCUGCCCAACCGUCAUGUGUGACAUCUUCUUCUCGCUCCGGGAGGCGGCGGCCAAGCGCUUCCAGGAUGACCCGGACGUCAGGUACACCGCAGUGAGCAGCUUCAUCUUCCUGAGGUUCUUUGCACCAGCCAUUCUCUCCCCCAACCUCUUCCAGCUCACGCCGCACCACACGGACCCCCAGACGUCCAGGACGCUGACGCUCAUCUCCAAGACCGUGCAGACCCUCGGCAGCCUGUCCAAGUCCAAGUCUGCGAGUUUUAAGGAGUCCUACAUGGCUACGUUUUAUGAAUUCUUCAAUGAGCAGAAAUACGCUGAUGCAGUGAAAAACUUCUUGGAUCUGAUUUCGUCCUCGGGGAGAAGAGACCCCAAGAGUGUUGAGCAGCCCAUCCUGCUUAAAGAAGGGUUCAUGAUCAAGCGGGCACAAGGACGGAAGCGCUUUGGGAUGAAAAAUUUUAAGAAGAGAUGGUUUCGCUUGACCAACCAUGAAUUUACCUACCACAAAAGCAAAGGGGACCAGCCUCUCUAUAGCAUUUCCAUCGAGAACAUCCUGGCAGUGGAAAAGCUGGAGGAGGAGUCUUUCAAAAUGAAGAAUAUGUUUCAGGUCAUCCAGCCGGAGCGCGCACUCUACAUCCAGGCCAACAACUGCGUGGAGGCCAAGGACUGGAUCGACAUUCUCACCAAAGUGAGCCAGUGCAACCAGAAGCGCCUCACCGUCUACCACCCGUCUGCCUACCUGGGCGGCCACUGGCUGUGCUGCAGGGCGUCCUCAGACUCGGCCCCUGGAUGCUCGCCCUGCACCAGUGGCCUCCCAGCCAACAUCCAGCUGGACAUUGAUGGGGACCGUGAGACGGAGCGUAUCUAUUCCCUCUUCAACUCAUACAUGAGCAAGCUGGAGAAGAUGCAGGAGGCCUGUGGGAGCAAAUCUGUGUACGACGGCCCGGAACAGGAGGAGUACUCAACGUUUGUCAUUGACGACCCCCAGGAGACCUACAAGACGCUGAAGCAGGUCAUCGCUGGGGUCGGGGCUUUGGAGCAGGAGCAUGCCCAGUAUAAGAGGGACAAGUUCAAGAAGACGAGAUACGGAAGCCAGGAGCAUCCCAUCGGAGACAAGAGCUUCCAGAACUACAUCCGGCAGCAGUCCGAGACCUCCACUCAUUCCAUUUAAAGUGCAGGACACGCCCAGUGGUGCCUGUGAGCUACCCAUGCAAAGCUGCAGCCUUUGGGAGGGAGAAGAGAAGGAAGAGUGCAGAGUCACCAGAGCGAUCCGUGCCACCCCAGCCACGGACAAGUGGCCAAGGUUUCCCUCUCCCGGAAAUGCUCCUGCUGCCGCACCCUCUGCAGAAAGCCCACCCAGCCUUGUGGACCAUGUGGUCGUUUGGUUUUGUGCUCUUUGCUCCUUGUUUGUGGGGAUCCAGGGAUCAGCUGAAGGAUCAGGAAGCGUGGGCUGUGCCCUGGCCACACCACAGCCGGCCUCAGGGAGCCACGGCUUGUCUAGUCAGCUGCAAUAUGCACCUUAGGCCGUGUGCACAUCUGUCCCGUGUGCACGGUGUGUGUGGCGCUGGGCUCUGCGGCUCUGCGCCCUUGUGGCCUCCUGGCCGCACCUUGGUUUUUGGCUUCAUCACGUUGGGACGUUCAGAGCAUCACUCUCCCGCUGUGCCUACCAUCCAGGUGGCCGUGGGAGGUGGCCUCCCUGUUCCACUUUUGAGGUUGAUUUUAUUCCUGGCUGAAGGGUGAGUUUUGUGGCUGGGAUGUGCAGAACUACACAGAAAUCCCAAUCUGAGGAUGCCCUUGGUGCUUGGAGGAUCCAGGUUCUGUCCACAGAGACCCUUGGAGGGAACAGUGUGGGCUCCAGCGUCUCCGGUGUCUGCUGAGCCCAUGUGGAAGCACAAGUUAUUUUGCUGUUGAAUGGGGUUUAAAGUUAGACUUAACAUUUGCCACCCCCUGUGGAAGUUCGGGGAAGAUUUUUAAACUAGAAGUGUGCAUUUUUCGAGCUGUUUUUCUUAAUGUUUUUAAAGGACCAUUUUUAAUUAGCUCUUUGAUACAAAGUAACUCAGAACGUCAAAACCUAUCCCCACUAAAGAGAAGGCUGCUAGAGCCCAAGGGCAAGGGAAUGGAGCCUGCCUCAGGAAGGGCAGCUGCAGGUUCUCCAGAAAAUCAGAGAAGGGAAGAAAUUCAGUUUCAGGUACAGGGGCCUCGGGGUGCAGAUGUCCCUCCAGGGCCCAUGGCCAGUAUUGCACCUGUGUUAUGAACCCCCAGACGCUGUGCAGGGCAGGUACUGGGGCUGCUUUUUUGUUGGGAGGGGAGCCUCCUAAAAACGGGGCCCAGGCAGACCCCUCCAGACCUCACACUGCCGAGGAGGCCUUUCCCGAAGGGCGUCCUCCCAGAAUGCGGAUGGCAGGUGUGUGGGAGGCACGUUUACAUGCACAUCACCGUGUAUCCUUGUACCUUCUCCCUGUUCUUUGAAAAUACUGUAGUUCAGACUCUUAAUCUAGAUGGCAGAUGGAGACUUUAUUUGUUGUCACAAAAAUAGUGGAGGAAAAUGUUAUAAAAAUAGACUUGGACACACAGCUAUUGGGGCUGCACUGAGCUGCAAUUUUUAACAUGGAUUUAUAACUUAAUGUUUCUGCUUAUAAAAUACUAAUGAUUUGAAAUGUAUUUUACUGGACGAUUAAAACAGAUGUUUUAUUCUUUCUGA